UUAAUGUUUUACAGAAUGUAUGAAAGCUAACAUAGCCUAAAUUUAGAUGAAAUUGCAAAUCAAACUGUAACCGCUGAGAGUGUUUUUCUCGUUACUCGUGGAACUUAUUUAAUAAUAAUAAUAAUAAUAAUAGAUUCAUAUGCUAUCAGAGUAAAUGAUGCUUGGGAUUUGGAAUUACAGUGAUCAUGAUUUUGCAUCCAGCUCUGAUGAAUCAUUUGACAGUGAUAAAAUUGACAGUGAUGUUGAAGCAGAACUUUAUGGUGUAAUUCAUCACCAGGAGAUUGUGGCAUCGCCUGAUAAUUCUCUUAAUCGAGAUGCCAGCCUAAAUGCAGAAAGUGAAGAGAAACGUGAUAUGCAGCAAAAUUCUUUUACUGAAGACACUCCUUUGUCAAAAAACAAUCAAUGUACAAGUUCUUUAAGUUCUUUCCUAAAUAAUUCCACAGAUAAUUCUGUUGAAACCUGUUUACCAAAAGCCCACAGUACACCUAACUUUAAUACUGGCUGCCAUUCAAUUAAAAGAAAAUCAGAUUUAUCCUUAGAAAAUUCAAGUAAUGUUACUGAAAGUACACAGUGUAAUAGUACAUCAAACAAAAAACUGAAAACACUUUACCAAAAUAAAGAACUGCAUAGGAAAUUUGCAAAUGGAAAUCAUACUUCAGAAUAUGAUGACAGUCUCAUUUGUGAACCUGCUUAUUCAAGAAAAGAUGACAAUUCUAGUGUUGUAAGUAGAGAAAUAGUUCAAUAUGAAGCAUCACAAGAUGAAGAACAGUGUGGUGAUGAGUAUGUUAUUUUAGAAUCUAGUGAUAGUGAUAGUAUCAUUUGGUCAGAGCCUGAUGAGCAAAGUCGGGACUUAAAAACAAAUGUAUUAGGUGAUACUGUGAGUCUGAGUUCAGAUUCACCUAUUAUCCCAGAAUUGAUGCAGUAUACGUCCAAUAUGUCACUGCCAAAUAUCAGAUUAUUGGAAAAUUCAACAGAUCCAUGGCAUAUAAAUGCUGAAGACCUGUUCCGUUCAAAAAAGAGAUAUUCCGGUCGGUAUCAUGAGAAAGCUGUUUUGAACUGUACCAGUUGUAAACAAAAGGGUCAUACAUCAAAAUCAUGUCCUAUCCGAAGGGCUGUUAAAUGUUUCAUUUGUGGUGAUGAUCAUAAUGGAGCAAGAUGUAAAAAAAGAAUAUGUGGCAAGUGUUACUACUUGGGUCAUGAUACUAGAAGGUGUUGGAAGCAAGAUGUUAGUCUUUGCAUAAUCUGUGGCAUGGAUGGUCACCAUGAUACGGAGUGUCCUGAUAGUGGAGGCGUUUUCAUCUCACUACAAAACCCACUGGACUUGUAGAAGGAAAACAGCUAAUUCAAGAUACUCCAAUUUAUUGCUUCAAUUGUGGGCAUCAAGGACAUUUUGGUGCUGAAUGCACAGAACCCCGUAUGUGCCUGUAUUCAAGUUCUUUUCCUACUUGGCCAUCUGUGGUAUAUUAUAGAGAUCCAAAUGAAACGUAUCAGAAUCUUAAAGAAAAUAUGAGUUCAGAACAACCACAAGUGCAAAAUCUCUCUCUGAAUGAAUUUUAUAUGAAUAGAAUGAAAGAAAUGGCAAGAAUAAAAAACAAAAGGAAAAAACAAAGACAGAAAAAGAAAAAAAACAGGAAAACAACAGAAAACGUAAAACAACAGGAAAAAGGAAAUGCAAAGUUGAACUAUGCUGUAAAAAAUGCUCUAAAGAGUAAAGAAGCAAACAUGGAAAAAACACGGAAAAAGUUUUGCAUGCAGUUAAAGAAGAGAAAAGUCAGUGAAAAUAAUGAUAACUUUAGGAUGACAGCAAAUAUUGAAAAUCCUGUAAAUUUCAGAAGCUACGAGUAUUUAGAAGAGAAUAAUUUUCCUAGAACACAAAAAACAAAUGCAGUCUGCAAUGAUAUGUGUCCUGAACUAAAUCAAAUAAAAAAUAUAUGGAAAAUUAAACGUCAGUUUGGAAAAAAUAAGAAGAAAUCUGGUAAAAUACAAAAUUGUAAUAAAUAAACUUAUUUUUAAUAUUU